UUACGAAUUUGCUGAAAAAGGAUCAGUUGUUGAUGUGGACGCCAGAGUGUGAUCAAGCGUUCUCGAAACUCAAGGCAACCCUCAUUUCGGCUCCGAUCCUUAUAAGACCAGAUCCUGCGAAGCCUUUUGUCCUUAUCACGGACUGGCAGCUGGAGGCAAUCUCAGCGAUCUUGGCUCAGGUGGGACCUGGCGGAGUCGAAUGCGUGGUAGAAUACGCGUCUAAGUCGGUGCCUGCCUGCAAACGCAACUACGCCGCCCCGACAGGAGAAUGUUACGCGACUCUGUGGGGAAUCAGUCACUUUCGAGCCUAUUUGUAUGGACGGAAGUUCGCACUAGUCACCGAUCAUGAGCCAUUAUUAGCCCUGAAGAAAUCUAAGGAUUACUCGGGUAUGAUCGGGAGGUGGGCAACUGUGCUACAGAGCAUGGACUUUGACAUUCGUCAUCGGAAGCACGAGAGGCACGGGAAUGCUGACGGAUUGACACGACUGCACAGACCCGAGAAGGUCCUCAAGAGCGAGGAGGUGAUUCCUUGGAACGAGCCGAAGGAGGAGAGCGGACCACGGUACAGACAAGUGACGUGGACGCGGACCAGCGAGCAUCUUGCGUGCAUCAAGAACCUGGAGCUGUUGCUCCUGCAGGCUUGGAGAACGGACGUGGAAGGUGAUCUUCUCGGUUUCCUCUUCGGAUCGGUGCGGCCAGACCAUCGCCAGCCAAUUACUCAAGAACUCGUCGUCCUGUUCGCGCAACUGGUUGAUGAUCUUUCCCUCGACAUCGUUUCGCAAAGCGACGACAGUCCCGCUCCGCACGUCAUCACGCAGACAUUAGCACCGUAUCUUCAGUGGACUGCUUGCUUAGAAGAACCCGAGAGUGAAAGCACUCUGCCAUCGCGGCAGGAGUACUUGAAGCCGUACGGGAUCAUCGAUCACACCUUCUAUCCGAAGGAAGAACCUAAGGAGGUGCUUGAAGGAGGAGUAGAAGCCACCGAAGAAGAGGGUGACACCGACGAAGAAAUGUCGAAGGAGGGAAGUUAUAGUGAGUACGGCGAAGGGGAGCCGAGUGAAGAAGAGGAGGAGGUAGAAGAAGAAGAAGAAGACGAAGAGGAGGAAGCGGGAUCGGAGUGGGAGGCCUUGCCGGAAGCAGCGGCGUGCACAUGCACGGAGGCGGAAGAUCCCGAAGCAGCACGUAGAAGGGAAGAGAUCGCCGCCGGGAAAAGCCAGCUGGAAUUCGCCAGCGGGGCGAGCCUGCGCAUCAACGACGACCCAACCAGGAAUCUAGAUCCCCCCGAGCCCGAAGUUGGCGGAUCAGCAACCGCGGCUCCGAGCGCAUCGCAACGGAGACGGAGCCGAUCCCCCUCCCCCUCCACCCCAACCCGUCCCCCAGUUCGUCCACGCACCGAUGCGGGGAAUCGGCCUUUGUCCCCGGUCAUUAUUCCACCGUUCCCUUGAUUACCUCACCCUUUGCCAGAUCUUUACCCCUGUCACCUUCCCUCGCAAACCCUUUCUUCCCAAUACCUUCCGUCACUUUUACUCCACCCGU